AUGGAGCCUGCUUACCAUCCCCCUCAAACAGCAGCAGCAGCAGCAGCAGCAGCAGCAGCAGCAGCAGCAGCAGCAGCAGCAAUCACCCUGGCUCUGUCUGAAGGCUUCGAGGAUGUACAGGCAGUCUUCGUUGCUAUCAUCAGAAGGCUGCUGCUGCUGGAGGAACAGGUUGCUGCAGAACGCAUGCAACAGCCACCGCAGCCCCAGCCUGCAGCACCGCCACAGCAGGGGCCCCCCCGAGCUACCCCUGUGGGGCCCCGCAGGUCGGAAGUCUUCAGGCACCGGAGUGGGCGGGAGGAGCCGGCUCCAGUGCCUUCUGCUGCUGCUGCUGCUGCUGCUGCUGCUGCACCUCUUGCAGCUGCCAGCCAGAGCAGCGGCCUGCAGCGCCUUGCUGCUGCUGCUGAGGCAGCAGAAAGCCCAGAAGAUCUCUGUACUUUGCUGCUGCCUCUGGAGUCUAUCGCAUGCAGCAUCGAAGGCGGCACCCGGCGGGGCUGGGUAGACAGCAUGCAGCGACGGCUCUGGCGGCAGCGUGUGGCUCGGGACCUAGGGUACCAGGUGUCAGUGGGGGGCCCCGGGGGCCUGGUGUGGACCCCUGACGUGCAUCUGCUGGAGGAGGCUUCAGGUGGGUGUGGGGUAAGCCAAGAGAUGCGGCAGCAGCUGCAGGACGGGGCCCCAUCUGGCUCUGGCGGUGGGUGGGGCCUGCUGGUGGUGCGGUCCCUAGUGAACCGCGAGGCGUUCGUGCUGCAGACAGUGUCGAGCCGGUGGCCCCUGAAGCUCGACAUCUGGCUGCGGCAGCUGGUGGACCUCAUCGAUGGGCCUGAGGAGGGGCGCACUGUGCCUCAGCCGGAUAAACAUCUCCGCGUUGCAGCACUCAUAUGGCAAGCAGACAGAGACAGAGACGCUCUCCUCCUCACCCUAAACAGUAGUAAUACGAAUGCUGCUUCUCCUCUUGGCGGCAAAACAAAUGCUCUAGAAGAGCUCGAGAGAGCAGCAGCACUCAAAGAAGAAGUCCUUGCACUUGUGGGUCCCCCUCUUGCUCCUGUGUGCUUGUGGGUGGCCUCUCUAUCAAAGGGGCCCUGCAGGAGGUACCGACGGAUACCCCUCUCGAGGUGCUGCUGCAGCAGGUUAUAG